AAUAUGAUGAUACAAACCGGACUUUGACUGUAUCGGAGCGACAUUUUGUUUUUAACUAUGGCGGCGGCAAUCGUUAGCUCGUCUCGUCAGGUGGGGAGGCUAACCAACGCUGCAAAGAGGUUAUACUCAGAUGCCUACCCUAAGAUAACAACUCAUUACACGAUACAUCCUAGAGAUAAGGACCCAAGAUGGAAAGACGUCAAUAUGGAGCGAGUGGCGGAGGAGACGGACAUCCUCAUCGUUGGAGGUGGUCCGGCUGGCAUGGCGGCCGCCAUCAGAGCGCGCCAGAUCGCUGAGGAGAAGGGAGUUGAAGUACGAGUAACUCUGCUAGAGAAAGCAGCUGAGAUCGGCGGCCAUAUCCUAUCGGGGGCUUGCGUAGACCCCAUAGCGCUGAACGAGCUGAUCCCUGAUUGGCAGGAGAAGGGAGCCCCUAUGAACACGCCUGUCACCUCCGAUAAGUUCGGUUUACUUACAUCAAGCUCGAGAAUCCCACUGCCGGCUUUCCGUGGAUUACCCAAUUACAACCACGGCAAUUACGUCGUGCGGCUCGGACAUCUAGUGCGAUGGCUGUCGGAGCAAGCUGAAGCGGCUGGUGCGGAGAUCUGGCCUGGCUGCGCGGCCGCGGACCUCAUCUACAGAGACGACGGCUCGCUCAAAGGUGUAGCCACUGGCGAUGUGGGCAUCGCCAAGGACGGCAGCCCCAAGGACAUGUUCGAGCGCGGCAUGGAGUUCCACUCCAAGAUCACGCUCUUCACUGAAGGUUGUCACGGUCAUCUGACAAAAAUGGUUUCAAAGAAAUACAACCUGAGAGAGAACAGCGAGCCUCAGUCUUACGGUAUCGGUCUCAAGGAACUGUGGGAAGUCAAACCAGAGAACCAUAAACCCGGUCUGGUAGAACAUACGAUCGGAUGGCCGCUAGACAAGAAUACCUACGGGGGCUCGUUCAUGUACCAUCUGAAGGUAGAGGAAGGCGAAGCGCCUCUCGUGGCCGUCGGCUUCGUAGUGGGACUCGACUACGCCAACCCCUACUUGAGCCCCUUCAGGGAGUUCCAGAAGUUCAAGACACACCCCUACGUCAGGCCCCUGUUUGAAGGCGGGUCCCGCACGGCGUACGGCGCGCGCGCGCUGGUGGAGGGCGGCUGGCAGUGCCGGCCGCGGCCCGUGUUCCCGGGCGGCGCGCUCUGCGGGGACGCCGCCGGGUACCUCAACGUGCCGCGCAUCAAGGGCACGCACAACGCCAUGAAGUCCGGUAUGUUGGCGGCUGAAGCAGCAAUGGACCUUAUCAUAUCUGGUGAAGCCAGCCAUGACAAAGGUGUUGUGCCCACCGCGUACGAAGACAAACUUGAAAACUCAUACGUUUACCAAGAACUCAAGCAAGUCCGCAACUGCCGACCUGCGUUCCACACGUCUUUAGGAUUAUACGGUGGAGUUGCGUACACUGCCUUCAGUACUGUGAUGAGAGGGAAGGAACCUUGGACUUUAAGCCACGGAGGUGCCGACCACGCAAGAUUGAAGCCUGCUAAGGAAUGCCAGCCGAUAGAGUACCCCAAACCUGACGGGGUCAUCACCUUUGAUCUACUUUCCUCAGUCGCUCUCACAGGUACAAACCACGAAUCGGACCAGCCCGCCCAUCUGACUCUGAAGGACGAUUCCAUACCUAUCAAACAGAACUUGGCAGUCUACGACGGCCCUGAAGCGAGAUUCUGCCCUGCAGGCGUAUACGAGUUCGUGCCCAUGGAAUCAGGCGAAGGACAGAGAUUGCAGAUCAACGCUCAAAACUGCAUACAUUGCAAGACUUGUGACAUUAAAGAUCCGUCGCAGAACAUCAACUGGGUUGUCCCCGAGGGUGGCGGCGGCCCCGCCUACAACGGCAUGUAAACCAUCGACUACAGAUCUCUUGUCUAUGCUCGAACAACUUACUAACAAAAAUAUAAACUGACAAAUUGACAAAUUAGACAGUGAAAAACGAGUUCCCAUUUUCUGUUACCAUUUUUUGAUUAAAAAAUGGCAACAUUGACUAAAACCAUACUUUUUAUGGCAAUACAAAAAAGGGUUUAUAUUUUUGCUUUUAAUUAUCGGUUUUAAUGCUUGAAUUGUACAGAGAGUAAAUGUUAGUUAAUUUUGUAUGUAUGGAAUUCAUGUUCGCAUAAUGUUAACCAUAGAUAAUAUACUUGUCAUAUAGAAUAUGCGCAGGCGACGCUUGUUGGCUGUGUCUGAAAUGUAUAAUUAAUUUUGUAUGCGCUUACAUACUUUUUCAACCAAAAA